GAAGCUGUCAGUUAGCCUAUGUUGUAAACAGCCCAACCGCCCCGCUACCGCUAGGAUGCUCGCUCGGUUCUCUCCGGCUUUACUCCCCAUUUACCCGGGUUAAACCUACACACAGCGAGUCGCUCCAGCCCCAGAACAACAGCCGAACCGAGCCGAGUUAACCGUCCGAGUCCGGCAUGAAUGAGACGGAGGGGCUCCGGUUCCGGCGCGUGAACCGACCGCAGGUCAUCACCGACGAUCUGCCAGAGAACCGUUCAAAAGGAUCCGGGACGUACAGCGGGAAGGUUUUCAAGGUGACUCUCAUCUCUCUGGGCUGCUUCCUGCUUCUUCCUCUCCUGGUCAUCAUCCUCAUCAUCGAGUCGCCCAUCCACCCUGAAGUGUUCAGUCUGAAGGAGCCUCCGCUGAUGAAGGGCUGCUGGGAGCCUAACGUCAAGCUGCGAGACGCUCAGAGACUUUUUGAGGACCAGAUCACGGGACCGGAGUCCAUCGCCAACAUCGGAGAUGUUCUGUAUGCUGGAACAGCUGACGGGAAGAUCGUGAAGCUGGUCGGUCGGAGAAUCAUCACGGUGGCGAGACUCGGGAAACUUCCCUGUGGCUCCAAAGAAGAGGAGUCUACCUGUGGGAGGCCUCUGGGAAUCAGAGUCGGACCCAACGGGACUCUAUUUGUCGCCGAUGCUUACCUGGGUCUGUUCGAGGUCAACCCCACCACAGGCGAAGCGAUCCGGUUGGUGUCCGGGGGUCAGGUGGUCGCCGGCAGGAAGCUGUCAUUCAUCAACGACGUGGCCGUGACGCAGGACGGAAAGAAGCUGUACUUCACGGACUCGAGCAGCCGCUGGCAGCGCCGGGACUACCUGCAGCUCAUCAUGGAGGCCACGGCCGACGGACGAGUGCUGGAGUACGACACAGAGACCCGAGAGCUGACCGUGCUGAUGGAGAACCUCCGCUUCCCAAACGGCAUCCAGCUGCUUCCUGACGAGGAGUCAGUGCUGGUGGCCGAGACCACCAUGGCCCGCAUACGCAGAGUCCAUGUUGCCGGUCUGAAUAAAGGCGGGAUGGACACGUUCAUCGACAACCUGCCUGGUUUCCCCGACAACAUCCGGCCGAGCUCCAGCGGCGGUUACUGGGUGGCCAUGUCGGCCGUGAGGCCCAACCCCGGCUUCUCCAUGCUGGACUUCCUGUCCCAGAGACCCUGGAUCAAGAAAUUCAUCUUCAAGCUGUUCAGCCAGGACGUCCUGAUGAAGUUUGUCCCGCGGUACAGUUUGGUGGCGGAGCUGCACGACGGCGGCGUCUGCACCCGCAGCUUCCACGACCCCGGUGGCCUGGUGGCGGCCUACGUCAGCGAGGCCCACGAGCAUGCUGGGAGUUUGUACCUGGGAUCCUUCCGCUCGCCGUACAUCGCCAAACUCGACCUGAGCAGCGACUAAAGAGUUCUGGACUCAGUCUGGUUUUGGUUUCUUGUGUUUCUGACUGAGGUUAGGGUCCAAACCGUGCUCACAAAACUCAAAAAGCAAUAUUUAAACAUUUUAUUUAAGACAUUAUUUACUAUUUCAUUCAUACAUUACUCACACACACACACACA